ACUAACACCAAUAUAGUGUCUGAGGGAGCUUUAUUGUAUGGUUGCCGUAGAAAGCGAUAGUGCAGACGAUUAUGAGCAAACUGUAAACUACGGACCUGAAGUACAGAGAUUCACCCGGAGACUUCAUGUUUGGCAGGACUCUGGUGGGACAACAUGCGGGCGGGCCACGCACGGACAGGACGUGGCGACGCGACUCGCUGACCUCCAUCCCGUUCGUCCUACACAAGGAUUUCUGGAAAUGGGGUGCAGCAGUAAUGCACGCUGGUGCUUGGGCAGUGAGCCGUCAGCGAGGUGGUGGCGCUGUGUCGCCAGGACCGACGUGGCGGGCGCGCCGCUCUGGUGGCGGCUGCCCGGGGACCCGUGGGAGCCGCCACCCCCGCCGCCCCCAGAGCCUUCGCCCCCGCAGCCCGCGGCACCGCCCGCUGCCGCCGUGCUGCGCCCGCGGCCGCGCCCCGUGCUGGGCUGCCACCGGAACGAAGUGACGCCGUCGCCGUUGCCGACGCCCACGAGGAGCCCGCUGUGCUGGCAGUGGGGAUACCGCUGGCCACGCCGCUGGGUACCACAGGCCGAACCGCGCACCCCCAUUCCUCCCGCCGGCACCUACUCAGGUCCAAGGAUUGUGUAUGAUAGCGCAUUUCUUCUGCAGCUGAGAAACUCUCCAUUAUCACAGAAACCACCAAAAGACCUCGCAAGUUUUCCAAAUGACAUUGUUAAGGGGACUAAUGCGUCAUCCUCAGAGGAGACCCCCACAGGGUCGCAACUUUCUCCUUCACCUCCUAGUCAGCAGUGACCCUGCUGCAUGGCGCAAUAAAAACCAAACUCUGCGUUUAAAGGAUCUAUCAGUUUUGCUCUUCGUGUUAUUGACUUUGGUGUUAAGGAAAAGCUUUGAGGUUGAAAGGGGUGAAAUCUCUCCCAGAAGAGCAAUAUUGGAUUGUGUGUUUGAGGAAAAGUCCAACCACUUGUCUUGUAUUGCUUUACCCUUUCUUUUCCUGUUAGCACUCGUACAGAUUGUAAAUAUUUACUCCUGUCAAUAAAAGACUAUUCUUUUGUUGUUUUACUUUUCUGUCAAGGUAACACACUUUUCAAACUGUUCUGCACCAUUUCCAUUGUUAGGUGUUAUGCUGUUACUAAGAUAAUUUAAUAAGAUCGAACUUCUAAUUUCAUUUUGUUGUUUAUGUUCUGUCGGUCAUAGCUACAUAUCUAUAUUGCAUAAAAAUAUUGUAUGCAAAUUGAUAAGGAAGACAAUAAUUCGAAGCUUUUGUAAAGUAUAACCCAAGCUCCUAUGUAACAUAUAAAGCAUGAGUGACAUUUAAACAUUUCUUAGAACUACAAACAUUUCACUCUUAAGAGGGAUACAAAAUUUCUUUUCCCCUUCUUUUGCCAUUUUUUAGAAUUGGUUUUUCAAACAUAAACAAAAACAUCCAAUGUUGAGGUGAAAUGGAUGUCGUCUAAUCUAUGAGGGAUAUUUUGGAAAAAAUAGACAAAUACUGUUGUCAUAUGUGCAGUAAGAGUGUGGACAGUAAGAGCAGAAAGUGCUUUUUCUGGCAAUCAUAUAUGGAGCUGCAAAGUUUGUGUAGUUUUAUGGAAUUUUCUGUAAGCUCAAGUGGUAACAGCUAAGCUCAUUUUUAUUUGUCAAAUUGUGAAUAAAAUAGCAUAAUGAAUCAUUAAAAUUGU